AUGCGACUCCCGCCGGGAUUUGUGGCGACGGCUGCGACAGAACCAAAGAGUGAAUGGUGCGGCUGUAACGGCGAUCGAGACACAGCGCCUCAUUACUCGUGGCCGACCGGAUUGUCGAGCAGUAUUGUCUGGGCUACAUUGCAGGGCGAGGUGGUGUCUAGUCUGGGUUCAGGGGAUAUAGAUCGCUUCAUCCUUCUGUGGACCGCGGCCAGAGCCGACGAUUGGUGCAAAAGUGCUGCCGCACCCCGCAUCAGGGCCCAAGAGGCGACUUCUCCGCAUUGGUCGUGGGUAUUGUGA